AUGCCGCCGUAUUUGCCUAUGCCAGGUCAGAUAUCAAGAAACCCAUCUUUAAUAGCAGGACUCCGUGUUUUACUAGUUUCCAACUCUGUCAACAGUUUGACCAAUAGAGUUAAGAUGACCUUACAAAGACUGAAGGUAAUUACCCAUGUCGUUCCGUUCGUUUGUGGAAGCGCCAUGGAAAAUGCAGUAACACUCUACCAACCCGACGUCAUCAUCUGCCCGUACCUUACAAAAUACAUCCCAGAAAGCAUAUGGCAGACGACCAAGCGGCCAUGUUUGGUUUUUCAUCCGGGUAUUGCAGGUGACCGCGGACGGAAUUCCAUUGAUUGGGCCAUACGACAAGACAAGAGGGAAUGGGGUGCGACGCUGCUGCAAGCUAGCCCGGUUAUGGACGGAGGCGACAUCUGGAGUACAGGGACAUUUCCGUUAAAAGCAGACGCCACGAAAACAGGAGUGUACGGUGGGGAAAUCAGUGACAUGGCCGCCGAGCUGGUCGUUGACGGGCUUACGAGGUAUCGACUUGGAGUGAUUCCAACGCCACUUGAUUACAAUCGACCAGAAAUAAAAGGCUGUCCGUUGCCCCCAAUGAAAAAGUCCGACAGGGAGAUUGACUGGUCUGCCUCAGCUGAAGAAAUAUGCCGAAUCAUUCGAAGUUCCGACACACAUCCAGGCGCCCUUGCAAAUAUCACAUUCCGCGACAACAACACAGAACUAACCGAAACUUAUCGGGUAUACGGUGCCCACAUAGAGCAAGACCGUGGUGGAGCUUUGGAACAAAGGUUGAAUGCCCACCAACCUGGUUCUGUAAUUGGAAAGAAGCAGGGGGCACUUUUGGUAAAAAGCGGAGACAAGCUGGGAGUUUGGAUAACUUGCCUGAAGGACAAAAAGAAGUUGUCCCUCAAGAUUCCAGCAGUGUCUGCAAUUUCACCAACUCUGGCCUUGGGAAUUGCGGAUUUGAGCAAUUUGUCUUCAUAUAAUCAAGUCUGGGUGAGUCAUUCCGGACAAGCGUGCUACAUUCACUUUGAUUUUUACAAUGGUGCUAUGGACAGCAACCAGGCAGAUCAUUUGACAGAGGUCCUUGGUCAAGUUGCCAAGAUGAGCCACAUCCGAGUUGUUGUGUUGAUGGGCGGAGAGCGUUUCUUUUCGACAGGUGAGAUCUUGAUGUAUACAGAUNUCUAA